GUUAUGUCUUUUGGUGCUGCACCGGUACUGACUGUAGUGGGAGGACAUACUUGAGCUAGAGCUUCCAUUCCACAUUCAACAAUUCAUCCAACCCACCAGAAACACAAAAUUAAUAAGGAUAUCAAAGAUUUCGAUUCUUCCUACAAUACUUAACUUUGGCUUUGUUCUUUAACAUUUUUACCUACACUUCAACUGUCUAAUCUACUUCAUACAUUUGACUUUACAUAAAGAGCGACCUAGGAAGCAGUUAAGAUGCUUCUAAGAUUUCGUGGUCCUGAGGGAACCGUCCGCAUUGCUGUUGAAGCAAAUGAAACUUUUGGUCAACUUGGUGAUAAGGUUGGUCUAUAAUGAGUUGCAUACAUCUAUAUGGACUUCUACUGAUGUGCCGUAGCUUUUAAAGCUCCUUCCAGAGAACCUUGACCCAAGGACUCUAACACUUUCAAAUGCGCCCAGUGGUGGGGAGGUCAAACUACUUAUGGAGAUUGCGGGAACCAAAGUAUCGCAGAUUGGUCUUAAGUAAGUUAGGAAAUAUAAACCUAUAAUUUCUCGUGCUGAUAAAUCGGAGGAAUGGUGAUAUGGUCUUCCUUAAUUAUAAGCUAUUGGAUAAUCUUUCCAAUGGUAAUUCUACUACUUCCAUCUCGACUCCCCAUUCAUCCCAUCUUACCUCCUCAACAAAUCGUUUAAAUGGAAGUGCCGUUCUGCCAGAAUCAAUACCUGUCAAUGUUCCAGCUCAAGCAGUGACGUCGCCGUCCGAAAAGAUCAAGAACCCUUGGGAAGUAGCUCAACAAUCGGACCUCGAUAACAGGUUAGACAAGAAAGAUGGAAAAAUUCCCAGGAAGAGGGAUACAAAGAUGUGUCGCCAUGGUGAGAAGGGAAUGUGCGAUUAUUGUAUGCCGUUGGAGCCUUUCAAUGCGCAAUACUUGGCCGACAAAAAAAUCAAGAACCUGUCAUUCCACUCAUAUCUGCGAAAGAUCAACUCGGCUACCAACAAACCAGAGUUAGGAAGCUCUUUUAUGCCUCCAUUGUCCGAGCCAUAUUAUCGUGUGAAGAAGAGCUGUCCAUCAGGACACCCUCAGUGGCCUGAGGGUAUUUGUACGAAAUGCCAACCUAGCGCCAUAACUCUACAACCGCAGGAAUUCCGAAUGGUAGAUCAUGUUGAAUUCGCGCAAGCAAGCCUUGUUGAGAAUUUACUUGUGUUUUGGAGGUCUACAGGCGCACAACGUUUUGGAUAUCUAUACGGUCGCUACGAGGAGUACACAGAGGUGCCGUUAGGAGUGAAGGCUGUUGUGGAAGCCAUCUACGAACCGCCACAAGUGGACGAGGUUGAUGGAAUCACAUUGAACGAAUGGGAGUCCGAGAAAGACAUCGAUGAGAUGGCAAGAUUGUGCGGCAUGGAAAGAGUUGGCGUCAUCUGGACUGAUCUACUCGACUCGGGUGCAGGAGACGGGACUGUCAUAUGCAAACGACAUAUUGAUUCAUACUAUUUAUCCUCGCUGGAAAUUGCAUUUGCUGCACGUUUACAAGCAAAGCAUCCCAAGCCUACGAAGUGGAGUGAUACCGGCAAAUUUGGUUCGAAUUUCGUUACCUGUGUAGUAACAGCCGAUGAGACCGGAGGAAUUGCCAUAUCUGCAUAUCAGGUCUCAAAUUCAGCCGUAGAAAUGGUUCGAGCAGAUAUUGUCGAGCCCUCGGCUGAUCCUGCUGUGAUGAUCGUUCGUAGCGAAGGAGAUGAUGAUUCUGAUACGAGCGCGCGAUACAUCCCCGAAGUGUUCUACCGAAAGAUUAACGAAUAUGGUAGAAGUGUUCAAGAAAAUGCUAAACCAUCUUUUCCAGUUGAAUAUUUACUCGUCACAUUAACUCACGGGUUUCCUAGCGAUCCCAGACCAGCAUUCAUGGCUAAGAGCUCUUUCACUAUCGAGAAUCGUUUAGUCAUUGGCCAGGAACAAGAUAUCAAGGACGUUGGCAAGCAAUUGGGACUUGAUAAAAACGGUCAGCUGACCCAAUCUAGCGAUGGUGUCCUCGCAGUAUCGGACUUCCAUCUCCUCUGCUUCAUUUAUAGUAUGGGAAUUCUAAGCAAAGUACGUACUUACAUUUCCCUUUUCCACGUUCAUGAACGAGAUGUUGAUAUUGUAUUUUGUAGGAAGAGAUGGCACUUCUCUGUCGCGUGGCUACACAGCACGAUUUAGCAGAUGGAUAUCAAUUGAUAGCAACAUCGGGAUGGGCAACUUUCCUUGCAAUUUUACAAUCGACUGGUGAGCGACCCCAAAAACGUCAUUCGCCAUUCGAUGGCGAUGGUCCUGCAGAGCGUCUUGCUAAAAGGGUUGGCGGGGUAAGGCUAGAUUGAAUGAAUAGUCAGCUCCCAGACUAUUUGAUUCUUUUGCGGCUUAUACUCUGAUUUUAAUAGGUCUCUAAUAGCCAAAACGUUCCGAGGCUCACUAACGUAACGGGAAAGCAAAUUUAUGCGGGCCGGGGGAAGGGUGGGGGCAGGAUUGGACAGCACGUUCUACCCUAUGAUUUAUUGGGGCGUAUGAAGAGGAAGCGAAUUAAGCUAAACCACGGCGCGGGGCGAGGACUGUCUGUGUUAAUGGAUAUGGCGAUGGCUUUCGUUAAGGAAGAGAUACAUAUAUGACGCUAGAUCCUCCUGGACGAGGAAAAGCAAAUAUCCCACACAGGCAUAUUCGCCUUGGGGUAUAUGAAGUAUUAUGAAAUCCAAUCACAUUACACUAUUCCACAUUCUGAGUUGAAAAUAUAAAAUCCACCAU